CGACACAGGUGUUAAAUAAAACAGAAAGAAGAAAAGUCACAGUGAAGAAACAAAAAAAUAAAGUCCGCUUCCUAACGAUUUUGCUAAGCAAUACGUUUAAAUAAUUAAUUGGUAAUUACAAAAACCGUGUGCUGCAAGUACGUGCUAUAUUAAAUUCGAAAGUGAUUACGUUUCUCCGUCUUGCAGCAGACAACACGAACGUCGUGUGUUCGCGUCGCAGCGACAUAGAGAAGAAGAAGAAAAAUUAGAGUAGCAAUUGUUGGGAGCUGGCAAAUUAAACGGAAUUUCGGGCUGUGAAAAAAUAAAGAAACGCAAUAGCAAAAUCGUGAAAAGUUGCAUUUAUAAAAAGCAUGAGCACAACGCCGGCCAGUCUCAUUGAGGCGGCAAUAACUGUGAGCAGCGUCGCUGCUGCUGUUGUGAGUGGCAACGGAACAGCUGCAACAACAACAACCGUGAAACCGAAUACGAAUUACGUGGUACAAAUGAAAACUCCAGCUGUUGCACAGGAGCCAUUGGAUCCACUCCUCCAUGUGGGCGAUGGCAUAUUCCUGCAAACGAAGACCGCACAGGUGCUAGCCGGCGUAUUUGUCUGGGCAGCGCUGUUUGUCACAUGUCAACAGAUCUAUCAGCAUUUGCGCUGGUAUACCAAUCCACAGGAGCAACGUUGGAUAGUUCGCAUAUUGUUCAUUGUGCCCAUCUAUGCCACCUAUUCGUGGAUUAGUUUGCUGUUCUUCAACUCGGACAAUGUUUACAUCUACUUCUUUACGGUGCGCGAUUGCUAUGAAGCCUUUGUCAUUUACAACUUUCUGUCGCUGUGCUACGAAUACUUGGGCGGCGAGGGCAACAUUAUGUCGGAGAUACGUGGCAAGCCCAUAAAGACAUCGUGCUUGUAUGGCACUUGCUGUCUCAAGGGCAAGACCUACACUAUUGGCUUUCUGCGCUUCUGCAAGCAGGCAACGUUACAGUUCUGUUUGGUUAAGCCGCUGGUCGCCUUCAUCAUCAUCUUUCUGCAGGCAUUCGGACACUAUCACGAUGGCGACUGGAGCGCCGAUGGCGGUUAUAUUUACAUAACCAUCAUUUAUAACAUUUCCGUCUCGCUGGCUCUGUACGGUCUCUAUCUGUUUUACUUUGCCACACGCGAUCUGCUGACACCCUUUGAGCCCGUACUGAAAUUCUGCACCAUCAAAUCGGUCAUCUUCUUGUCCUUCUGGCAGGGCGUCGGCUUGGCCAUUCUCGAGAAGGCUCAGGUCAUAUCGCCCAUCGUUGACAGUGCUGGCACUGUCACAUCGGCUGGUACCGUUUCCGCUGGCUAUCAGAACUUUUUCAUAUGCAUUGAAAUGCUUUUCGCUGCCAUUGCGUUGCGUUAUGCUUUCCCCUAUCAGGUUUAUGCGCGCAGCUGCAUUGGUGAUGGCCAUGGACGCUCUGUGACUAUGCAAUCGAUUUCCAGCAGUCUUAAGGAAACCAUGAAUCCCAAGGAUAUUAUGACAGAUGCUAUACACAAUUUCCAUCCACAGUACCAACAGUACACACAAUACAGUUCAGGUGGCAAGAAUUCGCGUGGCAUUCGCGUGUCGAGCUACGAUCCCGAUGAUCCAAGCAGCGGCGGCGGAGCAACUCAAGCGGCAUCCAUGGGCGGCACAAAUGCAAACGGUGGUGGAUACAAUGCGGUGGCAACUGGCGGUGGCAACAAUGGAUGUGUGGCGCCCAAGACACUUGGCAAUCAACGGAAAUUCCUGCCGGGUGGACAACGUGUGGCGACCAUCAGUCAAAACUACAAUGAGAAGACCAUGCUGCUAAGCAGCGAUGAUGAGUAUCAGUAGAUGAGGAUGGAAAGUAGAUGGAUGAAGGGGAAGGAACAGAUAAAUUCUGGUCAAGAGUUGAGAGACGAGUGUAGUUCCAUGUUUUUGUUUAACGAAUUGUUCGUUGUCUUUUUCUGGAUUUUUGAUAUUUGGUUUUGUUUGACAACCUCCAAAAGGUUUUGAUUUGCUUGUACAAUAAUCUUAAGUAGCGCAACCGCAAAUAACAAACAAGAAAAAAAGAUAGGAAAUUAAUUAUAUAUUUAUAUGUAUAUGUACUUACUAUAUAUGUAAUAAACGGAAAGUACUUUAUAUAUGCGUCGGAAUGUGUAUGUAAUGUAUGACUAAUCAAUAUGAGAUUACUUUGUAUUUUUACACAAUGUAUUGUAAGUUGUUUAUCUCGGAUGACAGUUUAGUUGAGUAAUACAAUACGAUCAAUUUAAUAAUUCAAUUCACCUUUUUUAUAAAUCGUUUGAAAAACUUUGUAUAAAUCAAAAAGAAGACAAAAAUACUUCACCUCUAGCGUCUAAAAACCGUCGUUGAGCAAAUCUACAGGCUGCUUAUACAAUAAUUAAAUAAACUUCAAAGAACAAAUAUGUAUCUAAAAUUACAAAUUAAAAAAAGAAAACCAAAUAGCAAAACGAAACGCAUAAAUACAAACCGAAUAUAUUUAUAAAACUGUAAGAAGCAAAUUUUUAAAAAAUAACUGCAAGUAGGAAAGCAAAAAUAUGCCGGAACCGGGUAAUGAAUAAACAAACAAGACACAAGAUGAAAAUAAACUAGGUGAAUACGAACAAUAUAUUGUGGAAUAUAUGUGGAAGAAGCACUUUCACAUGCUAGCCGAAAUACAUGAUAAUUAAAUUAACAGAUAUGGAUACACGGAAUUGUAGACAAAAACUCCCAAGCAACAGAAAUGUAUAAAUCUUUUACCUGUACAGAGUAUGAUAUAGUACGAUAAAACUGAUACACAAUAUUUAUUUAAGCAAAAUUGAAUGAAAAAAAGAACACACACAAAACAAA